UAUCUUCCAGGCUGCCGGAAAUCAUGUCAAUAGGAUCACAUUCAUUCUCCCCAGGAGGUCCUAAUGGGAUUAUUAGGAGCCAAUCCUUCGCUGGCUUCAGCGGUCUUCAAGAAAGACGCUCCAGGUGCAACUCUUUUAUUGAAAAUUCCUCUGCACUCAAGAAGCCCCAAGCGAAAGUGAAGAAAAUGCAUAAUUUGGGCCAUAAGAACAGCACCACGCCUAAAGAGCCCCAGCCUAAGAGGAUGGAGGAAGUCUACAGAGCUUUAAAGAAUGGCCUGGACGAGUACCUGGAGGUUCACCAGGCGGAGCUGGAUAAGUUGACUGCUCAGCUAAAAGACAUGAAAAGAAACUCACGCCUGGGAGUCCUGUAUGAUUUGGAUAAGCAAAUCAAAGCGGUUGAGAGAUACAUGAGACGGCUGGAGUUCCACAUUAGCAAGGUGGAUGAGCUUUACGAAGCCUACUGCAUCCAAAGACGCCUCUGUGACGGUGCCAGCAAAAUGAAGCAAGCCUUUGCGAUGUCUCCUGCCAGCAAAGCAGCCCGGGAGAGUUUAACAGAGAUCAACAGGAGUUACAAGGAGUACACAGAGAACAUGUGUACCAUAGAAGCAGAGCUGGAAAACCUAUUGGGGGAGUUUUGCAUCAAGAUGAAAGGUCUGGCCGGCUUCGCUCGCCUGUGUCCGGGAGAUCAAUACGAGAUUUUCAUGCGUUACGGCCGCCAGCGAUGGAAACUGAAAGGCAAAAUAGAGGUGAACGGCAAGCAGAGCUGGGACGGAGAGGAGAUGGUUUUCCUCCCGCUCAUCGUUGGGCUCAUCUCCAUCAAGGUCACAGAAGUUAAAGGACUUGCUACUCACAUCCUUGUGGGAAGUGUUACUUGUGAAACCAAGGACCUAUUUGCAGCUCGACCCCAGGUGGUUGCAGUAGACAUUAACGACCUUGGCACAAUAAAGCUGAACCUUGAAAUCACCUGGUACCCAUUUGAUGUUGAAGACUUGACCCCCUCUGCAGGAAACAUGAGCAAGGCAUCUGCCCUCCAAAGAAGAAUGUCCAUGUACAGCCAAGGCACUCCGGAGACGCCAACCUUCAAGGAGCACUCGUUCUUUAAAUGGCUGCAUCCUCUGCAAGAGAGGCCAAAGCUCUCACUCUUAGAUGCUCUGCAAGACACUUUCUUUGACAAGCUUCGGCGCAGUCGCUCUUUCAGUGACCUGCCAUCGCUCAGGCUAAGCCCAAAAGCAGGCCUAGAGCUAUACACGAAUCUGUCAGAUGACGUCUUUGAAAAUGGCACAGCAGCCACGGAGAAGCGGCCUCUUUCCUUCACUUUUGGCGACCUGCCUUACGAAGGCCGCUCGUCCCCCGCCAGCUCAGCAGAGUCCUCCUCUGCCCAUGUCAGUUCCAGCCCCGACAUCACCGUGACCCCCGCGCAGCACCCAGCUCUCAAGUCCUCCAAAAGCUCAAGCCUGGACUGUAGCAGCACUGACUCCUCCUGCAGAGACUCGGUCGCUGAACCCAAGGACCCCAAGUCCCAGGGAGAGGGAGCAGUGAUUGAGAACAAGGCAGCUCCGAGGGCAGCUUCCGAUUGCCAAAAGCCCUCCGCUGCCGAGAGCGACCGCGUCUUCAUGGAGACAAGCGUCCCGGUGUCCCUGCUGCAGGACACGGAUGAGGGCUCCGAGCUGAAGCCGGUGGAGCUGGAUCCCUACGAGGGCAACAUCACGAAGCAGCUGGUGAAAAGGCUGACGUCGGCAGAGGCCCCCCUGACCCCAGAGCGGCUGCUGUGCGAGGGAUCCAUAAGCGGAGAAUCAGAGGGAUAUAAGUCUUACCUCGAUGGAAGCAUAGAGGAAGCCUUGCAAGGGCUGCUCUUAGCUCUUGAGCCACAUAAAGAGCAGUAUAAAGAGUUUCAGGACCUGGACCAAGAAGUGAUGCAUCUGGACGACAUCCUAAAAUGCAAGCCAGCAGUAAACCGAAGCAGGUCCUCCAGUUUAAGUCUAACAGUUGAAAGUGCUUUAGAAAGCUUUGAUUUCCUGAACACCUCUGACUUUGAUGAUGAGGAUGGUGGUGGUGAGGAGGUUUGUAAUGGUGGAGGAGGUGCAGACUCAGUAUUUUCAGAUACUGAGAUUGAGAAGAAUAGUUACAGGCCAGAGCACCCCGAGGCCAGAGGCCACCUCAGCGAAGCUCUCACUGAAGACACGGGCGUUGGGACCAGCGUGGCAGGCAGUCCUCUUCCCCUGACCACGGGAAACGACAGCCUGGACAUUACCAUAGUUAAGCACCUGCAGUACUGCACGCAGCUCAUUCAGCAAAUUGUGCUCUCCAGUAAAACACCAUUUGUCGCAAGAGACCUCCUGGAUAAGCUAUCAAGACAGAUCCUGGUGAUGGAGAACAUUGCGGAGAUCAGCGCUGAGCACUUGGGAAACCUUACCUCCCUCACGGAUGCGAUUCCAGAGUUUCACAAGAAGCUGUCACUACUGGCUUUCUGGACAAAAUGUACUGGGCCUUCAGGAGUGUAUCACACAUCUGCAGACAAGAUGAUGAAGCAGCUAGAUAUCAAUUUUGCCACCACUGUGAAUGAAGAAUGUCCAGGACUUGCAGAAACGGUCUUCAGAAUUCUGGUGUCUCAGAUCCUGGACCGAACAGAGCCCGUCCUCUACUCCAGUAUGUCCUCAGAAAUCAUAACAGUCUUUCAGUAUUACAACUACUUUGCCAGCCACAGUGUUAAUGACCUUGGAAGCUAUCUGCUGCAGCUUGCAAAAGAAGCCUCUGUGGUUCAGAUGCUACAGUCAGUGAAAGAUGGGAAACUGCAGCAGAACAUGCCUAAGAUAAACUCUAAUAACCUUCCACCACAACAAGAAGUAUUGAGAGCGCUGGCUUUGCUUCUGACGGAGAAUAAAAAUGAAGUCAGUGAGACUGUGGCAUCGCUUCUGACAGCUACUGCAGAAAACAGGCACUUCAGGGAGAAGGCCUUGAUUUAUUACUGUGAAGCACUUACCCAGCCCAACCUCCAGCUGCAGAGAGCAGCUUGCCUGGCUCUAAGGUACCUCAAGGCUACUGAGAGUAUUAAAAUGCUAGUCACACUCUGCCAGUCUGACAAUGAAGAGAUCAGAAAAGUGGCAUCUGAAACCCUGCUCUCCCUCGGUGAGGAUGGGAGACUGGCAUACGAACAGCUGGACAAAUUCCCUCGAGAAUUCGUUAAAGUUGGAAGUCGACGUGGAAUGGAAGCUGCCACAGCUUUUUAGAUGAAAAAGAACCUGCCUAAAAUUUAACAGUCAAAAAAAGAUGGAGCAUAACUGAGUACGGGAAGUAGAAGGAAGACUUGGCAGAAUUCCAUGUGAAUGUCCUGAAAUGUAGCAAUUUAAAGAGUUUUUAAAGAAAAGCAAAAUGUAAGAUCCAGCUAUAGAGUUCCUACUGGCUCCUCUAUGCAGCUUAUGAUGGAACAGCUGGAUGCUGAGGAAGAAUAGUCUUUUGAUUGCUCUGUAAUAAUGUAUUUGCAGUUAUUCAGCCUCAGCAAACUCCCGAGUUUUUAAAGCCCAGCUUCUUCCUAGAUUUUACAGAAUAUAAUAUUUGCUUCUUUUAAGUUGUUGUGCAAGCUUGAAAUAUGUGCUGCAGUAUCAGACAGGACACGUGGGAGUCCACGCAAGCAGAGCUAUGGAUAAGCCUCCCUCCCGCUGGGAGGCGGGUGGCUGCGGCCUUGCGGCGGGGCCAGCAGCGCCGCCCCAGCCCACGCCGCCGCCGGCGUCUCACAGCUGCCUCGACGCUGAGGUAAAGGACUCGUGUGGCCGAGCGCUGCCUCCAGAAGCAGCACGAUGCGAGCCCUGGGAGGCGUCACUUCAGUGACUCAUGCUCAGCACCUCUGCUGCUCUUCUAUUUCCUUCCUCUUGCCCUCCAACAGUGACCGUCAUUAAUCCUGGGAUUUGCUGGGGGGAGGUGAACAAUCACGUACGUUCAGAAAAACGAUAUGGAAAGGUGAAGUGCUCUCCUCACCCCCUCUUUUCAGGGAGACCAAAAGCGAGUACAACAUAUUGCACAAGUCCCCAAGCCAAGUUCUGCAGGCUGCAAGCAGGACUCAUACCCUCUAACUAGUAGCUUCCCUAGAGUGAUGGCAAUAUAAAGUACUAGAACUAGAACAAAAGUGGACCUCAGAGGCAGUAAUAAACAGUGUGAAGUGAGUGCGGUCGCUGCCCUCACUGCAAAAAUGGAAGACGGUGCCUCACGAUGUUGGUUGUGGGCCUUAAGUUAACAGAGAUGAGUAGAAUUGAACAGAAGAGUGUUCUUGUACUGUGUUCAUUAUGCAUGAAAUGCUAUUUAGAUGUCAAUUAAAGUAUCCAGAUUUGCAUAGAUUAUAUAACGGAAGAUUGCAAACAUCUCACAUCAAAAAGAAGCUCUGUGCGCCAAACGCAUUUGGCA